AUGAUUGCUUGGAAGUCGCUCCUUCUCGUGGGCCUUGCCGCCGUUGGCGUAUUUGCCGCAGAUCCCGUCGAAAAGCGUGAGGAAAAGCCGACCGUAGUAGCUCGUGCUGGUACUCCUAGUUCUACCGGGUACCACAAUGGAUACUAUUAUUCGUUCUGGACGGAUGGCGCUGGAAACGUCUACUACACCAACGGCAACGGUGGCUCGUACAGUGUCUCCUGGUCUGGCAAUGGAAACUGGGUCGGUGGAAAGGGAUGGAACCCCGGAUCUGCUCGCAACAUUGCCUACACGGCAGACUAUCGUCCCAACGGCAACAGCUACUUGGCCGUCUAUGGCUGGACAACGAACCCACUCAUCGAGUACUAUGUUGUCGAAAGCUUUGGCACGUAUGACCCGUCGAGUGCUGCAUCCCGAAAGGGUACGGUCUACUCAGACGGUGGAACCUACAAUCUCCUCACCACUCAACGGGUCAACCAACCUUCCAUCUUGGGUACGCAAACCUUUUGGCAGUUCUGGUCUGUUCGUCAGUCGCAUCGUACGAGCGGAAACGUCAAUAUGGCGAACCACUUUAACGCCUGGAAGUCUGUCGGUAUGAACCUCGGGACGCAUAACUAUCAGAUUGUCGCCACCGAGGGCUACUACAGCAGCGGUAGCGCAACCGUCACCGUGAGCGAGGGUAGUGGACAGCAGACCUCGCAGCAACAGACGUCUCAGCAGCAGACUUCACAACAGCAGACGUCUCAGCAGCAGACGACUAGCCAGAACAAUAACGGUGGAAGCUGUGCCCCCCUAUGGGGACAAUGCGGAGGUCAGGGAUGGGGAGGGCCAACGUGCUGCCAGAGCGGUUCAUGCCGAAACUUUGGUCAGUGGUACUCGCAGUGCCAGUGA